GAGAUCAUCUGGGAUCAACUCUUGGGGCGCAGGCUGCAAGCCAACUUUAUUUUGGAAAGCAACGGACGUGAUAGGGUGAACGCAACCACUCGACUGGGAACGGUCGGGAGAAGGAUUAACCGUGACACCAUUAUGGAGGAGGUCGCCGGAAGCUCCGAACCCCAGGCAGAGCCUGAGGCCGAGGAACCAGAGAAAGUCUAUGGGAAGCCUAGGGAAGAGGAGCCUGCGGACAAGGUUACCGCCGCUAAGAAGAAGUUUAGGUAUCAAAUCCCGAUCUUAACCUUGCCUGAGCUCGACGACACCAUUGGCAAGUUACUAGGAAACAUGGUGUCGGUGUCUUUUCAGACCAUGUUGCAGGCUAGCCCUAGGUUGCUCAAAGGGCUCAGACAGCUGUUGACUCGGAGGCGAGUAGAAAUAGGUGACAACCCCGAAUUACCAGAAGGGGAGAGGGAGGAGGAAGCUCCGCAAAAAGUGGCUAACCUUCAGAGGAGUCACGAAGACUUGGAGGAUCUCGAAAAAGCCUUUGCAGACAUUCGUUUGAGCUUGCCCGACCGGGACGGCGGCGAAGUCAUGAGAUCAUCACCCGAGACAAAGCUUAGCUUUCAUGCACUGCUCGUAGGGAAACUGAAAAUACAGAUCAGGAGUCAUCAUACCGACACAUUAGUAGACGGGGGAGCAGAAAUCACUCUCACAAGAAGAGAUUUUGCAACGAUCACGGGAUGUACGGUAAACAAGGAAGUAACAGGGAGCAUCUGGGGGGCUGGCGGGGAAAUUCCGUUCGCGGGGUACGUCACGAAGUGUGCUGUGAAGGCAGGGGUCAGGGAAUCGAUCUGGUUGUUUCAGCGGAUGACCGUAAUGGAGGAAAUGGACCACAACAUAAUCCUUGGGAGACCGUGGUGCGCGAACGUAGAGAUGAUAGGCAUGCACUUGCACGAUGGCUCAUACAUGGUAGACAUAGAGGACCCUGUGACCGGCCGGGGAGAGCUCCUCCGACUCCUUGGAAUGGGAGGAGACCCCCCGAAGGGGAAAUUGGCAACAUGGUCGCCAUCGUUCGAGGACAGCACGCGGAAAGGGGCUUUCGCAUGGAUGGAGGGUAUAAGAGAAAGUGUAGAAAUCAUGAUUGAGGAAGUAUUCAACAAGGAGUGGAUCAAGAUGGGCCUGCCCCAGAAGAAGAGGGGGCAGGAGGACGAAUUCCUAGGUGUUAUGGUAGCGGAAAAGGAGUCAGAGGUCGAACUUGGUGCUAGCCUGCCCAAACAGAAAGAAGUACGCAUAGACGUGCCAAAAAUCGCACUCAAGAUCCCCGAUCUAUUGCAACUCAUCAAGGCCCUCAGAUACCACAAGGUAGGAGUGGAUUCGGCAGCCUUGGCCAAGUUCGAAAGAGAGGUGCAAAAGGGAUAUUGCCUAAAUGGGAAACUAGUUAGUAUUCAACCACGAGUCGUAGAGGCGGCGGGGGCAAUUCCGACUGUUCAUUUUUUAGGAGAAAGAUCCCGGAAGGAAGUGUUCGAAAGUACAAGCCGGAAGCCGGAUCCGGCAACGACCGACAAGAUAUCACAGUGGCCGACACCGGUGGUCCAGACGACGGAGGUAAGGGCAUUCCUAGGCGUAGUCGGUUUUUUGAGGAUCUUCAUUAAGAACUUUGCCAAGAUUGUUGAGCCUAUCCGGGCUAUGAUCAGGGAAGAAGGAACCAUGGACUGGACGGAGGAACGAGAAGGAGUUGUCCAAAAGCUUAAGGACAUAUUGAUAUCUGAGACAGUCGCCCUGUCCGUGCCUUGUUUUAAUGACGAAGUAGGACAACCCUUCAUCCUAGAGACGGAUGGAGGACCUUUGGCCAUAGGAGGUGUGUUGAUUCAAAGGGAUGAGGGAGGAAAAAAGAGGCCGAUUAGGUUCGAAAGUAGAACCCUAAACUUCGCAGAACGGCGGUACUCACAGUUCAAGAAGGAGGUCAUAGCCAUCUUACACUGUCUUAAGAUUUUUCAUGCCUACCUAUUUGGGAGGCGGUUCAUCCUAAGGAUUGAUCCGACGAAUGUUGCAGGGACCUUAAAGAAUUACAGACCUAUAGAUCCGACAGUGGGGACAUGGGUAGGAUUUAUCUGGCAGUUCGAUUAUAAGAUCGAACGGAUUGCGGGAAUUAGGAACAAGGCUGAUGGGCUGAGCCGGGUCUGCAUCACUCCCGAAGGGGUGGAGGAUGCGGAGCCCAUAGACGCAUUCCUCGAAUACGAAGGAGGAACUCUUGCGGUGGAUAACGAAAGGAUGAGCGAAGGAUGCACGUCAGGAGAACUAUUGAUCCAGACUUUGGAGAAGGGGGCACCUGCCGUAGUAGCAGAACUUAGAGAAGGACCAGUCGCUACUCGAGGACGCAGCGAGGCAAAGGACUCAUGGGGAGCGAUAGUAGGGCCAAAAGAGGAACAGAUAGCAACAGCGGUCGAGGGAGGCUGGGAAGCAGUAAUGAGCUUAGUGGAAUCUUGGGAAAGGAAGGAGUGGCAAUGGGUGGUAAACCAGAUGAAGGAAGGAAAGGAUGGGGGCAAGGAAGGAGAGGAGUUUUUCUAUGUCCAAUCAUACGAAGGGAUCUUUCAGGAGAUCGGGCUGUAUAUCCUGGAUGCACGAGACAACCUGAGUGGGUUCGUGGAGGCAGUCGCCCUUAAGAAAAAGACACGGAGGAGUGUGUCGGGCUGGAUAGAAGACUUUUACUUGAGGCAUCCAUUCGUCGGGAGGUUUAUAGCAGACAAUGAAAUGGAGUUUGUGAACCAAGAAGUAUUGGGGAUGCUUAAGAGACUCUGCGUACCGAUCAAACUCAUCGAGCCGUAUCACCCUGAGGUCAAUGCACCUGUGGAAAGGGGGCACCGAACCUUGAAGAACACGAUUGCAAAGCUCGCAGCUGACCAUCUGGGGAAGUGACGUAGGUAUCUUAAGCAGGCUGUCUUUGCAGAGAAUAUGACCCCUAGAAGGACAACAGGAUGUAUCCCGGCAGAGCUUUGGGAGCAUUUUGGGAAAAAGGGGGGGGACUACCUACCAGACUGGGGGAAUGGGUGCAUGAGGGGCAUGCGGGUGUUGUUUUGUUAUACAAGGUCUAAAAGAAAAGAUAAGAUGGAGUUCGGUGACGAAAAUAACAGCGGGGCAAUCAACAGGCCUACCGGAG